UCGGUCCGUUCGGUACGCGUCGCUGAAGUGUGUUGCGCAUGCGCGUGCAGCCUUUCUCGCCCACUGUUGGGUGUUGUGUGUGUGUGUGUGGUUUUUUUUGUGUAUUAGAUGCUUUUUUAUGUCAAGUGAGAGCAACAUAAAAAAGUGCUGUUGUGUAGUGUUUGCGUGUAUGUGUACACCCGUUUGCAUACGGUGAGCUGUGGGCUGUGCAUUGAAAAGAGAUAAUACAAAGUGCUGAUAAAGUUGAGGUGUAAGCAAAACAGGGAAAACACAAGAAAAACGGGCCGAAAAAAAGUGAAACAUACGAAAAUCGACACGAUCCGUUAGAUUCACGUGUUGUUAGUGAUUUUUUUUUGUUGGUUUAUUUGUGGUUGCUGUUUCGCUUAUUUCCGAAUUCAAGUUCGCAGUGUGUCUAGUGUGCGGAUUUGAUUGAGCCUGUGUGUAUGUGUGUGUGUAAGUGUGCUUAUUAUUAUGUUUAUGAUCGUGCGCUAAAACAAAAGGUGCAGAAAAGGCAGGAAAAUUAAUCAAAAGUACAGUGAAGCGUGUGUGAGUGAAUCGAUUUUCUCCAUCCAUAGCAAGCGAAAAAUUAAGGCGAUAACACACACACACACUCACACAUUGGUGUGAUUGUUGUUUGCGAGCAAUAAAAAGCGUGAGCUAAUAGUAAAGAGAUAAAUUUGCCUUAACCUGCCUAUAAUUAAGCCGGUGGGGUUGUUGGUGAUUCAUGGAAAGUGAAUGAGCGCGAGUGUACAGUUUUGUUUUUCCCGUUUGGUGUGUAAGACAGUGGAAACUGCAUUCAACUUUUCCAUUCCCCAGUUUUGAGUGAGUGAAACAGUUUCGCUUGAUUUGUGUUUUUUUUGUGGUAGCGGUAAAGUGUGGUUAGCUUUAUAAACACACAUCAUCCACAUAGAGUGUUUAUAAACAUCUUUACGCUGCAUACUCGUUGGACGGCGUUAGUGACGUGUCUAGAGUGGAAAACGGUUCAACCAAGAACUUGCUAACGCAAGAACCGGUCUUUGCUGUGAAAAAGGGAGAGGUAGCUUUCUGAGGUACGAUCGCGACUCUAACGAUCGUCUCGCGACCGGAAGUAUCGAAGUCGGUCGUCGUCGCUUCGGUAGAGGUGUAAAGACCAGAAGACAAUCAAACAGGUGUUGGAAAGAGAGGGAGAGAGAAGAGACUACACAGCUCAUCGCAAAAGCAGUUUCUUCGGAUGCGUUAAAAAAGAAGGUAAGAUGCUGAAUAAUGGAAACAAAUCCUCAUCUAAAGUCCCUUCUUGGUCCUGCAUGAGUAACUUGAUUAAAACGCUUGCCCGGAAGAAGUAAAAACACGCGCACACAAAAGCUUUUCCGCUAAAGGGUCCAAUCACUGCAGCCACCAAACGGACCUACGAAACGAAACGAAACCGAACGAAAUCUGCCACCUUUAGGAGCGAUAGAGAAAGAAUGGUUCCAUCCGAUGGCGAAAGUUAGCCAUCUACCAAUGAGGCGCUAUCCGACCGAUCAGCCAGCAGCCGUCAAUGUAGAUCCAAUCAACUUCUAUCCACCGGCGAAUGCAGCGCAUCAUCGGGUCCCGAAACCAACCGACAAGGGCAAGAAAACAUGGGGCCAACGUCUUAAGCUCAGCAAAGCAUCACCCGUAGCCGAGGACAAGCAGUCCGCCGGACCCGCCAACGGUACGGCCAGCUCGAACGGUUCCGCCCUAAUACCAUUCGGUGCGCGCAGCUACGACCCAUCGCUCGACUACAGUGGCAACGGUCCAGCCUCCCUGUCGUCCGUCGGCCACUCGAACAGUUCCCACACCAAUGUGCAUCAGCUUGCCACGAUGAAGUACGCCGAAACGUGGGUGUACGGGACGGUGCGCGGUAUGCCGCCACCGUUGGCAAUGUCGCCGCACCAUCCCCAUCAUCCCCACCUGCCAGCAAUGUACUGUCCGCCGCCUCCACCGCCGGAGGUGGCCGUACUGAUCUGCUGCUGUCCCGAGUACCUAACCGGGACGAAGCGCGAGAUAAAGAAGGCGUCCGUGUGCAAGAAGUGCAAAGGAUCUCGGCUACCGCUCGCACCGAUCGGUGGCACGAUGCGGCUAACCUCGGGUGCCACCUAUCUCGCUCCACCGCCGAUUCGAACGAGCGCCGGCACGGUUAAGCUAGCGUCCACGUAUGCCAAGAAGUCGCGGCCAACCAUCCUCGGAAAUGGGAACCCGGACCCGUACGACUUUAUGCGCCGGUCGAGGCUGACACAACCGGCCGAGAGUGGGGCCGGCGGGCCAAAGUCGGUCAAGAGCAGCCUGAAGGAGAAGCUACGGGGUCGGGCGAAGAGUACGAGUCCGUCCCGUGGUCGCAGUGGGAGCACCGCUGGGGGAAAGCGCUCAUCGGCAGCAAGAUCUCCGUCGCCGUCGCUGAGCAAGAAUGGUUCGCGGGUUGGAGGACGCAAGCUUGAAUCGUUCCAGGACUGUUGGGUCGGGGAGCCGGACCGCGAUACCGAUCUGCUCGACGAUGGCCCAACCAGCACGGCCCAGAAUCGCAAAUCCAUCCUCCGCUGUGACGUUAAUCCGUACGAUCUGAUCUCGCUGAGCGGUAUUGGGGGCAGCUCCGGUGGUGGCAGCGGUGGCAAUAACAUGCUGAACGAGUUCGCGCCCGACGGUGACGAGUUCGAUCUGCACUCGCAGAAGUACGAGAACAUCCUCGACACACUGUACGCCAACCGGUACAACCCGAACCCGGCGAACAGUAUCGCGGCAAUCAAUGGCCAAAGAAUCAAGCUGUUCGACGACUCGGGCACGAGCGUGUCCGGUGCGCCCGUGUACGACGAUGUGGACGAGUUCGUGUACGAUCCGGUCGAGGUGCCGGUCGAGGAGGCGCAGGCGACGGACGAGCCAAGCUCCCCGUCCGCCGGUACGCCCGAACGGCCGCCGCGCUCGAAGCAGCGACAGCUCGAGGCAACCAAAGAGAACGACGACAGUCGGUCGCUCCCUUCGACGGCACCGUCGGGCACGGCCGAGGCGGGGUCACCGGGCGUGACGCAAAGUGCAAUAAAGUCCAUCCUGAAGCGACCGUCCUCGAUGCCGGCCGGACCACCGUCCUCGAUGGUGACGGUGGAGAAGGAUACGGGAGCCGGCGGGCCGGGCUAUGACACGAUCCGGCUCAAUCACACGCUGGUGCAGCGGCUGGCCAAGCUUACCACCAACGGCAACGGGAGUGCGUCGGAGGAGGGUGCCAGCACCUUCGGCAAGCACGGUACGAUUAGUGCCCGCCAUCUGACGGACAAGCGAAACUCGGGCUCACAGUUCUAUCUGCCCACGCCGUUCCCGGUGAUCGCGAGCUCGAGCGAGCCAGAGGCAACCCAAUCGACGACCGGUGGCCGGAAGAAGGUACACUUUCUGGUGGAGAACGAAAUCAUCCACGACGAUGAUCGACUGUUCGCUCAGAUGCUGUUUACGGAGGUUGUGCCGGGGGAGGUUACGCCGGUGCCGGUGAAGACUACGAACGGAGCUACGGAACGGGGAGCAGCAGCUGAGGAGUCGAUUGGCAGCAGGAAAGACAAGCCAGCGUCGUCGAAGCAGGUGGAAACGGAAGAGCUUGCCAAAGUGAUCCUGCUGCCGGCGGCAACCAUCACGAACGCGCCGACGCUAGCAAAUGGCACUAAUGAGGAACGCACCAAGCCAAGCGCGGUCGCCACCGUGUUCCAGCGAAGGGCCGGUCCAGUGCGAAGAAGCUUCAGCGACCGAUCAUCACCCACCGCCAAGACGAACGGGUAUGGUGGGCAUCCCGCCAACGGUACCACUGCCCGGGACGACCAGUUCAAUGACACGAUGGCUUUACGCGUUCGGCCCCUGCGGACCGAUUCGCGCACGGCAUUCGACGAUGAAACUGCUUCCUUGACAACUUCAUCCUCGUCGUCGUCGGAAUCAUCGAUCGGUUCCAUCUCGUCGCUGCUGCUAGCUGUGGGCCAGGGCGGCAAGGCACGACCCAAGCUGCCACCUCCACCACCACCACCACCACCAACAACAACGCAACUUCCCACUGGGGCCAAUUGGAAAGCGCCAGCCAGUGCCACACCGCCACCACCGGGCAGCAACGUGUACGAGGAUUUUUGCUUCGGCCUGAUGGCGGGCGUCAGGCGUUCGAGUAGCGACCGUAGCAGCUCCACCUCAACCUCGUCCCGUACGGUGGUGCAGGUACUGGCCAGCUCCUCCUCCUUCUCCUCCUCCUCCUUCACCCCAUCUUCUCCCUCGUCCUGUGGCUCAUCGCCGUCACCGAUUGCGUCGAGCGGCGGCAUUCAUCGGCUAGAGAUACGGCACGAUCCGGAACCGGAGGAGGAACACUAUCAGAAGAAAACGUCCAUCCUGAUCACGGGCGAUGAUUGUUACUCGACGGUGAACGUGGAUGGCGCUAGCGAUACGCCGAUCUACCAAUCCUCGGUGGUGGUAAACGAUGGCAGUGUGGUGGCCUCACCGACGAACGAGAUACGGCAAACGGCGUCCAAUACGAUCACGAUCAGCGUCAGCUCGCCGACGUCUACGCUGGAAAGCCGUGGAAGCAAGGGCAGGAUGGAAACGGGGAAGCUGGCAGGCGACGAGCAGCACGCGAACGGAACGGUGGUAACGAUGGGAAGGGAAGAGGUCACAACUGUCAGCACGGGGACGUCGGUCAUUCCUAUAGGGGGGAGCAGUGUCACCGGCAGUAAUGGGCGUACGUUGAUCAAUCUCGAUUUUGGUCAAGCGGAGCAGAGUGUUGACAGUAGCAACACCGCUUCACAAACCGACACGACGUCCGAAGAUGUAACACCGAUCGCACCAGUUCCUAGUGAUUCCAAUGACUCCAAAGAUUCGCCCAAGGUUCGUGAAGAUGCUGCUCACGAUCAGCAGCAGCAGCAGAUCGUAGUCAAACAAACGUCCGUGGACCUCACACCGACACCGGUUGUGCUGCGGCGCUCGCUAAAACCAACAACGGAACCGACCUCCACCGUCAACAGCUUGCAGGCGAAGGUGUGCCGUAACAGCUUCAUCGCCAAGCUGCUAGAAGAUCCCUCCCUUAGCCAGCUGUCCGAAGGGUUGGACUACGAGCUGAUCGCCAAACUGAUCGAAAGCUCGCUUCUCCGGCUGAAGGAAUCGCGCAACGGGCUGGACAUGAGCGGUACCAAAGACGAGGACGACGUGUCGAAGAUGAUCGAGCAGUCGCUGCUCAAGAUACAGGAGGAGCGCAGCAAGCUGACAGCACCGAGCAACCCAACCAGCCAGUCACCGCAGCAGAACAGCGGGAGCAAGCGAAGCAGUGUCAGCUCGGGCAAUAGCUACGGUUCGGCUGCCGCGUACGAGCUGAUGGAGUUCGAUCAGCUGGGCGAGCUGAGCGAUUGCUAUCAGAGCUGCAGCAGCGAUCUGACGGUGGAUGACGAUGCGCACUCAUCCCGCAGCAAGUUCUACCAGAUGCUGGUUGACGCGACACUGUCCGAGCUGGAGAUCAACACGGCGAACGAGGAUGAUGACGAUGAGCAUCAUUACGAAUCGAUCCGGCUGAACGGAGAUCCAAUCUAUGAGGAAAUCAAUGACAUCCCGCCGCCUCUGCCACUGACGGCUCCACCGAUCGACGAUGUCGAUCUGGAGAAGCAGCGCAAUGCGCGGUCUAUCUUUGAGGGUGCCUCCAAGUACGACAUCUUGUCGUACCUGGUGGACGCGAAGGAGCGUGGCAUCGUGCAGGAGGACGGAUCGUACGGGUUCCAGUUUGGCGGUGCCGGUGACAUCAUCCUCGAGGAGGAAGAGUCUGAACCGAUCACCGAGCUGCGGCACCAUCAGCGCCAGAUAUCGGACAUUAGCAGCAGGCUGUCGCAUCUAUCGGGUAUUAGUGAUUCCAGCGAGGACACGUCCCUGUCGGCGGGCACGCUUAGUAAUGGGCGAAGUAGCAAAGCGUCGGCCGAAAUCGAGCGGAACGAUUCGGGCGUCGGGUCGGAGACGAGCAAGACGUCCCGCAGCCGGUGGCAGAAUCCAAUCAGCACGACCACUACUAGCACCACAACAAGCUCGCUGCUGACGAAGAUCACGCCGAUUCACCUGUGCGAGGAUUGUGACGGACCGGUCGAGACGCAGGUGACCGAGUCGGGCGUCAUGUACGCACCGCUCGUCUGUCGGAAGUGUGGCAAGAAGCGGGCAGAGCGGAAAGAGAUCAUUACCGAGAUCGUCGAGACGGAGGAAAAGUAUGGGCGGGAUCUGCAGAUCAUACUGGAGGAGUUCUAUCAGCCGAUGCUGGUCGCCGGCCUGCUCAACCAGGAGCAGCUCUCUGCAAUCUUUUUGAACGUGGAAGAACUGCUGGAGAACAACCAGUUCCUGGCGGAGCGGAUGCGCGAUGCGCUGGACAUCGCGAACGAGCAGGGCGACGACGAUCUGCUUACGGUGAGCAUCGGUAAGAUCUUCCUCGAGGCGGCCCCAAUGCUGCACGCGUUCGAGAGCUACUGCGUGCGGCAGGGUGCCGCCAGUCUGCUGCUCGCGAAUCUCGAGAAGGAGAAGGAGCUGCUGCGCAUCUUUCUGCGCGUCUCGCAGAUGGAGAAUGCCGUGCUGCGGCGAAUGAAUCUCAACUCGUUCCUUAUGGUGCCGGUACAGCGCGUCACCAAGUACCCGCUGCUGCUGGCCCGCCUGUACAAGGUGACUCCGGCCCAUCUGGAGGGCAAGGAGCUGCUGAAGCAGUCGCAGGAAAAGAUCGAACUGCACCUGAACCACAUGAACCGGGAGGCGAAGGACGUGCCGACGAAGCUGUGGCGCCGCAUCUCGUCCUCCAGCCCGGGCCGGCGGCUGUCCUGCGAGCUCGACAUGAUCAACAUCAAGCUGCGCAAGAUGGCGGUGGACGUGCUGGAGUGGAACCACGAGGAGGUGCGGUUCGCCAUCGAGGGCCGGCUGCUCUUUACGCAGCCGAACGAUGGCAACUGGAAGAAGAGCCGCACGAUCAAGCUGACCUCGAUCAAUGCGCUACUGGUGACGAAUGGAAAGCCCACGGCCAGCUACAAGGCGGACCGGGCCCUGUCGGAAACGCUCAGCUUUCCCCGCCACACGGGCAUCCGCGAGGCGUCGCUGCUGCUGGUGCGCGAAAAGGGUGGCCGGUACACGCUGUUACGCGAGCCGCUCUUUCUCGACCGGUGCAUCGUCUGCUCCGAGCACGACUGGGAGGACUAUUUCGAGGUGCAGGAGAUCCUCUCGAAGGAGUCCUUCAUAUUUAAGGCUGAGGACGGUACGAAGACCAAACAGUGGUACGCCCAGCUGCAGUACCAUUCGCAGGGCAUGGGCACCUGGCGUAAGCGUCGAAAUGCGCUCGCCAACAUCAUGAUUAAUGGCAUGAUGACACGAACGUGAGGCGGCAGCGGCGGCGUUGUGUAGCGAAAACCGAUGACUCCCACCCAACCACACGGUACUUAGGCCGGCCUUAGGAUGCCGACCCUGUAAACCCCUAUGCCGCCCGAAACUGUAACCCCGUGCCAACUUCUUCCCGCCCCUUUUUCGCUAGGACCGUGUAUGUAUGUGUAAGUGUGUAAGAUUGCGUGCGUGUGCUGGAAUGUGGCAAAAAGCGUUGUAUAAGAGCGUUUCUUAGAAGCAGGAAUAGGAAGUGGUAGGAAUCUGUACAGUACACUUGAGGCCAGCAAAAAAAAUCACUAGUUCCGCUUAGUAUAAUAGUUCCCCGCUCUCAAGUGCGCGAUUUAUUUAUUCGACUCGAGCAGUUUUCGAUGCAGAGAGCAAGUGUUGUACAGCAUGCGUCACUUAUGGGUAUCACUUGUGGUACGUUUUUUUUUUUGUUUGGGUGGCAUUUAAUAGAUAAACUGGAACAACAAUAAUUGCCCUUUUCCAUACUUCCCAUUUUUGUAUCUUUUGCUUUGCUCCAGCACCAGCGUAUCCUUUAAUGUAAAUCUUAGAAAACGAUUGAAAAAAGGAUAACAAAUGCAAUUUUCUGCCUGCUAUUAACUACUAGUUUGAAAAUUUGUGUGUUUUUUUUAUUUUAUUGUUACAAAUAAUAAUUUUUUUUGUAUUUUGUUUUGCUCGUGCAUCUUACUAAAAAUGUGUAUGAAAUGAUAAAUGUAUGAUGCAAAGGCGAAACAAUUGUAGGUAGCAGAUGAGUAAUGGGAUUUAAUAGAAGGAAAGUAGUCGUAGUAAUAGAAAACAAACGUGGUAGAAAGAAUGUAUAAACAUCAAAACACAAGAAGAAAAUAAAGAAAAGAAGGAAAGAGAAAAAGGUUAAUAAAAAAUGUGAACAAAAUAUGAACAUAAUUAAUUUAUCUUGCUUAAAGUGUGUGCAAAGUAGGUUGAGAGUAGAAAGACGCUAAAUAAAUUGAUCGCGUACUCGGUUUUGUCUAGCAAGGGUCAAUGCUUGAGGUGAAUACUUAAACACACGAAGUAAACAGGAAAACGCAAAUGGAAACAAAAUCCAUUUUAGAGGAGAACAAGACAAGGAAAAAGAUAAACAACUCUACUGAAAAAGGGAAAAAAGUGAAACAUAACAGAUACAACAGAAAACGCACUCAACAUAUCUCAUGGAGGAAAACAAGAAAACGAAAAGAAUGAAUACAAAUGCGAUACAAGAACAAAAUUUAAAAGAAACACAAAAAAAAACAGAGAAAAACGGAAGGAUCAUAGCGUAAAAGCUUAACGGAAGAGAAAUCGAUUGCUUUUAAUAUCCAUUUGUUUGACAAGCUAAGGAGUUAGAUAGAGAAGGUGAAAAACGGAUAGUAAAAAGCAUACACACACUCACACAAACAAACUGCAAACAAACAAAUAAAGAAACGUUUAAAAUGGA